GCUAUUUUGGCCCUGAAUUAUGUCUGUCAGACAAAGUGGCUCGCUGUUUGCUGGCUAAACACCGUCUACGGAAACGUCAGCAAAUCAUAUACGUUAUGUUUAAGCACUGGGCUAUAACUAUAGCUAUAGAUCAGGGUUAUGAGUAGUCACAUGACCUUUUAAUUUUUGUGAUUGAGGCGAGAUUUGUGCCUAAGAGUCUUGACUCAGGAAAAAAUACGACCUCGGGGCAAUGCAUUGAUGUCAUUGGUUUAUGCAGUACUGGCGGGGCAUUGUGAAGUAUACGGACAGCUGGAAGCUAAAGUAAAAAGUUAUUUUGUAGUGUUGUUUGAUGAGAUGUUGAAUACACAAAAGACUCAGAGAACAUGAAUGAACCAGCAAAGAUGCGUAUCUGAAAAUCAAAUGUAAAGGUGGUUAAUUUUGUGACUUGCCAUUUAGUGGUGCUAAGCUAAAGUGAAGCGCGUUGCAUUGUCAUUUACUACCAGCUGGCAGUUAGCUGCUGUUAGGCGCUAGCUGAGCUCGAAACUGCUGAUGAUGAGCUCUUCACGGGAGAUUAAACAGCUACAAAAAGCAAAGAGCAAAGCCCAGAGCAGUAACAACUUAAAAGAGGAAGCUAACAUCUGCAAUCAACUAGGAGAGCUACUGGCCAGAAAUGGCGAUUAUGAGACAGCCAUUAGGGAGCACCAGCAAGAGCUGGCUCUCUCUGAGGUGCUCAAUGAUGUGAUUGGACGAGCUGUGGCCAGCCGUAAGAUUGGAGAGUGCUAUGCAGAGAUGGGAAACAUUGAAGCAGCACUGAAACACCAGCAGCAUCAUCUGGACCUGGCUCGCUCUGUCAGAAAUCAUGCUGAGGAACAAAGGGCACUGGCCACUAUUGGUCGAACCUACCUCUUCAGUUAUGAAUCUGAUCAAUCAAGAAGCAGUUUAGAGCAAGCGGAGGAUGCCUUCAGGAGGAGCCUUGCUAUUGUGGACGAAUGUCUAGAAGGGUCAAUACCACAGCGAGAGAUUAGUGAGAUGAAGGCUGGUCUGUUCCUGAAUCUUGGUCUGGUCUGUGAUCAUCUGGGGCAGUCCAAACGCUGUAGCGAGUUUAUCCGACGCAGUGUCUUUAUUGCAGAGAAGAGCCAUCUGCUGGAGGAUCUCUACCGUGCAAACUUCAACCUGGGCAUCAUCUGCUUUCGUAACAGUCAACCCUCCAAUGCUGUGCGCUACCUCGACAAGGCCAAAGAGUGUGCCAGAAAGAUCAAAAACAAGUUCAGUGAGAGCGAGUGCUUUCACUGUAUCGGCAAAGUGCAGCUCUCUCUGGGUGAUUUUGUAGCAGCUAGACGAUCCCUGAAGAAAGCUCUCUUACUGGGUUCCCAGCAGCCACUGGACAGGCAGGCAGUGAAGAAAGCUUUCAGAUAUGCUGACAAGGGCUGUAAAUUAGAGGAAGAGUUUGGGGAAGAUCAGGGCAAAAGACUGGGCUCCCGUCAGGCUGUGGAGCUGGCAGAGCAGCUUGGGGACCUCUACUGUAAGGUUGGCUGCUAUAGCAAAGCUCUGGAUGCCUAUAAAGCUCAGCUAAGGGGUGCUGAGGCAUUGGGAAAACCUGCCAGGGAGCUCGCUGUCAUGCACGUGUCCCUGGCUGUGACCUACACAGACCUGAGACAGCACAGCAAGGCAGUGGAGCACUACAGACAGGAGCUGGCCUUACGGCAAGGAAGCUCCACCGAGGAGUGUAGCACAUGGCUGAACAUUGCAGCGGCACAGGAGGAGAGCGGCUGUGCCUUUGAGGACGUAGACAGUAGCUACAGUAUGGCCUUACGCUGUGCUCAGAAGUCUGGGCAAGCCAGAUUGCAGAAACGUGUGCUGAGGCUCUGGCUGGUGUCCCAGAGGCGAAGCGGCUCAUCUAAUACUGAUGAGACUGAGGCGAGACUGCAGCAGCUGUGUGUUGCUGAGGGCUGGAGUCCAGAUGGGAGUGAUGGUGAGGAGGAUGAAGAGGAAGAGAUGGACAACAGUGAGCCUCUGGAUGACAGUGACGUCAUCCUCUCAGACUCAGAUGAUGAUUUGGAGGGUUAUGACAAGAUGGUACCAGGACGGAGGAAGGCAGGAAGGUGGAACAAGAGGAACGAGAAGGGCGAGACGUCACUGCACAGAGCUUGUAUAGAUGGAAACCUGAAGCAGGUCCAGUACCUGGUGGAACAGGGGCACCCAGUGAACCCCAGAGACUACUGUGGCUGGACCCCACUGCAUGAGGCCUGCAAUCACGGUCACUACGACAUUGUAGCUGUGCUGUUGGACCGCGGCGCUAACAUCAAUGAUCCUGGUGGUCCCUUAUGUGAUGGAGUGACGCCUCUCCACGAUGCCCUCGCUUGUGGCAAUUUCACAGUUGCAAGACUGUUGGUGGAACGUGGGGCUUCUGUCACCCUGCGCAACUCCAAGGGUGAGACAGCCAUGGACACCCUGCGUCAGUGGCAGAGGACGUACAGCAGAGAGCUAGACCAGGACACCAGACAGGAGUGUAUCGCUACAGAGAGGCUGCUGAGGAAGGCGCUCGCAGGGGGAGGGCCUGCUGCUCUGGCCACAGCCAAACCUUUUGAUGCCCUUCAGGACAGCCAGUUAUUUGAUGCUGAGAACUCUGUGCCGCUGUCGUCCCCUGGAGGGGACUGCUCCUCCAGUCAAGACUGGCCUCGAAACAACAGGAACUCAGAGGUGAAGGCAGCACCUGGCAGCCCCAGACAGAGGCAUAGCAGUGGUUCAUCACGGCGGCACAGAGCCAGAAGAACAAACGCUGCCGUUCUGUAUGGGAGUAACAGCAGCUCCUCAGAUGACAGUGAUUCUGACUGCCCUAUCAGUCCUCUCCGUCCUGUGCGUCCCAGCCCCAGUUUCCCAGCAGCCCCGAGUCAAAAAGAAGCUCCCCCAAACAAGGAAGUCGGCUUGAUCCCUAAUUCGAGUCGGGAAAGUGUCCGAGAGGCCCCUGCUCCGAGCGUCUUUGCACGAGAGGAGUACCAGAGUGCCAUCCGAGGCUUGGGCAGUGCCAAAACUCUUCAGGGUCUGUCACAGCCCCAGUUUUCCAGCACUCCUCCUGUUUCAUCCAGCAAGAAAUCAGCUCUGGUUCCUGAGGAGGAGUGUCUGGCUGAUGACUGGCUGGAGGAUGACAUGGGGGACAGUCAGCCCAAGAAGAAGAGGAGGCUUCGAGUGGAGGAGAAUGGGAUGCAAAGAGAGGGCGCUGAUUCGUUUUCAGCAGCCAGAAGUCAGAACAGGCAAUUUACAGGUUCUGCAGUUCCCUCAUCCUCCAGCAGGAGUCUCUCUAUGAGAAACAACAGCUCUCAGAGGCCUCACCAGGUUAAAAUGACUCAGUUGCCUGGGAGGGACCAGGACACCAGACAGGAGUGUAUCGCUACAGAGAGGCUGCUGAGGAAGGCGCUCGCAGGGGGAGGGCCUGCUGCUCUGGCCACAGCCAAACCUUUUGAUGCCCUUCAGGACAGCCAGUUAUUUGAUGCUGAGAACUCUGUGCCGCUGUCGUCCCCUGGAGGGGACUGCUCCUCCAGUCAAGACUGGCCUCGAAACAACAGGAACUCAGAGGUGAAGGCAGCACCUGGCAGCCCCAGACAGAGGCAUAGCAGUGGUUCAUCACGGCGGCACAGAGCCAGAAGAACAAACGCUGCCGUUCUGUAUGGGAGUAACAGCAGCUCCUCAGAUGACAGUGAUUCUGACUGCCCUAUCAGUCCUCUCCGUCCUGUGCGUCCCAGACCCAGUUUCCCAGCAGCCCCGAGUCAAAAAGAAGCUCCCCCAAACAAGGAAGUCGGCUUGAUCCCUAAUUCGAGUCGGGAAAGUGUCCGAGAGGCCCCUGCUCCGAGCGUCUUUGCACGAGAGGAGUACCAGAGUGCCAUCCGAGGCUUGGGCAGUGCCAAAACUCUUCAGGGUCUGUCACAGCCCCAGUUUUCCAGCACUCCUUCUGUUUCAUCCAGCAAGAAAUCAGCUCUGGUUCCUGAGGAGGAGUGUAUGGCUGAUGACUGGCUGGAGGAUGACAUGGGGGACAGUCAGCCCAAGAAGAAGAGGAGGCUUCGAGUGGAGGAGAAUGGGAUGCAAAGAGAGGGCGCUGAUUCGUUUUCAGCAGCCAGAAGUCAGAACAGGCAAUUUACAGGUUCUGCAGUUCCCUCAUCCUCCAGCAGGAGUCUCUCUAUGAGAAACAACAGCUCUCAGAGGCCUCACCAGGUUAAAAUGACUCAGUUGCCUGGGAUGGUCAGGCUGGGCAGGCGAGAGGUCAGCAGAUCUCACAGUCCCACCGUUACAGAUGAUGACACCCCACCACCCCAACAAAUACGCACUCAGCCUCUACCUCAAACACUGGUUGUCCCUAUGCCCACAUCACUGCCUCCACCAAUCAGAGUGAGGGUCAGAGUUCAGGAAGAUGUUUUCCUCAUCCCAGUUCCACAAAGUGAGGCAGACUCCUGCACUGUGUCCUGGCUGUGUGAGCAGGCAGCUCAGCGUUACUACCAGAAGUGUGGCCUCCUGCCUCGCCUCUCGCUGCAGAAGGAAGGUGCUCUUCUCUCCCCACAGGACCUGCUGCUGGCUGUCCUGCACACCAAUGAAGAGGUGAGGAAGUGCCUGUUUUAA